GUUCUGUACGGCAUCAAUCUGGUUAUUGCUUCUGUUGGUGAUCUGAACCUUCAACCCCGUAUCGUGGCUACAUCGCUUUUGCACCACCAUCGCCUUGGAAUCCACGCAAGCUACCUCCAACGUCUUCGGCGACAACUCCGCUCUCUUGAAACUCCUGCUUGAACCAGUUUCGCUGUCCAGAUACAGCUUCUCUGACAGCGCGAUCACCGAAAACGCGGUCGAAGUUAUACAUACGACACAACAUUACGAUCGCUCGCAGCAUUAGAUCUAGACAGUCACUUUAUACCGCCAUUUUGCGAACGAAUAUACGCCUACCAAACGAAGUCACUGUAACGCACACGAACCUUGACCGCGAUCGCAUCCUCCGUACUCGUUACCUCAGUCGCCGUUGAUCGACGAAUGCUCUUCCACCACCUUUGGGCCCAGUCCCAACCGGUGGGCUGUUCGCCGCUGAUAUGCUGAGCUCUUCCGCGGCAGCUCAGAAGGGCAUGACCCCUCCGAGCCAACCUUCACAACACAACCUGCCUCAGCAGUUAUCUGGUCGCACGAGCUUCGACCGAGGCGAUUCGGGUCUACAACCUCCCAAUGGCGCUAACGCCCGAAAUCUCUCGGCUUCGGCCGUAUCUUUUGCGCCAAGGGGAAGCAGUCUCAAUGUUGCUCCCGGCAGCUUCAGUUCAGAGUUGCGUAGUCGGGCUGGGAGUAAGACUGAAGCGGGGUCAAUAUACCCAAGCAGCUUCAUGGACAAGGUGGAAGAGGAUGACGUAGACACGCUAGCUGAGCAAGCUCUGGCACAUCUGAAAGAACGACUCAACCGUGAGAUGAAAAUCAAGGAGGGGAGUGAGAACAUGCUAGAGGCGCUGAACUCUAAGAAAGCGAAGCAGACCAAAGAGCAACGACAAAAGGUUGAGGCGGAGCUUAACGCCAGCAACUUGCGUAUCAAGGACUUGCGCCAAAAGAUUUCAGAUGCUCAGCAUACACGACAGAUUCCACCUGCGACGCCAAAACGAAACCGUACCCAGAGCAACGUUGUCGAAUCCGGGAGACCAAUUGGACUGCGUUCGCCACAAAGCGUGUCACGAUCUGUUGUAGAGUCUGACAAUGAGGAACCAACAGAAAGUCCGACAUUUGCGCUUGCGGAGCUGCUCCAGGCCUUAGAGGUUGAGGGCAUGAUGCCGGAGUACUACGUCUCGCGGGGGAAUCAGCUCGUCGAUCUCUUCAAGCGUUACCCAACUCUUAAGUACGACUUGGUCUGGUCAAUUUUUGGGCUCCGCAUGCAAGUAAUGCUCCUAAGCGAGAGUCGCGAAGUCGUGGCUGCUGGCUAUCGAAUGACCAGAUAUGCUAUUUCGGAUGUGGCAUCACUUAAGAAGAUCCGAAGUCUGAACACGGAUUAUCUGGUGAUACGAUCACUUAAUAACUACCGCAAAGCGGAUGUUGAACGUGAGCAGGCCCUCAAGUUCGUCCGUGCAUUUCUGGAUGUCAAAGGCGGAGUGAAAGAGAUCUCUCGAGCCGUGGUGCGCACGAUAGUAGCAGUUGCAGAGCAUGGAGAAGACCGACGAGCAAAUGCUCAGCCGGCCGAGGGAGACUUGGACCGUCUAAGGCCUAUCUGCAUCGAGACAUUAGCAGAACUUAUAGUGCAGGAUCCAGCACUUUUGGUGGCAUCCGGUGGUUUGGGACCAUUGACGGAGGCCCUUUCAGAAGGCGUCUACAAAUCUCCCGAAAGUUUGACCUCUGCAUUUUUAUACCUGCUCGACUCACCUCGAAAGCGGAAAUACAUACAACCCGGAUAUGGUCUGGAAGUGCUAUUUACUGUCUUUACUGACCACCUCCUGACCAACGAAAGUAUCAUGAAACAGAACUCCAAGGCCAUUGCAACAGCUUUGAAGUCAUGGCCAGGGCUCAUGACUCUCUGCAUGUAUGAUCUUCGAACAAUUCGAUCCUUGAUCACGAGCAUGCUAUUGCCGAGUGAUGUGGUUCGGGAGACUAUUCUUGAUCUUAUAUUCUCACUUCUACGGAUCAAACCACCAGCGUGGGCAACCUCUUUUCUUGCUGGAAGGAGAUUGACAACGUACGGUCGAGUAGCGAAUCUGAAGUCAAAUCAAAAGGACAAGAGCCAUUUACAGUUCACAGAAGAGGACAGCGGUGAACAAAAUUUCGUCGAGCACUACACAGCUCUUUUGCUGGCAGUGCUCAUUCGAGCAGGCCUCCUACCAGUGCUCCUAAAGAUUGCUCAAGGAGACGAGAAUCCGACUCUCCAGCGCAAGACGACCCUUCUAAUAAGCGAAGUGCUGAAACUUUCCAGUCGCCUGUUACCUCCAUCCUGGAGCGCCGAGCUUCACCUCCUACCGGAACUCUUCUCAUCGGCUGCCAACAUUGGCAACAAUGAUCACUGGGUGGCGUCGGGGAUUGUUUACCAGAUCAGCAGCGUCAGUCGUACUUUAUACAGGAGUGCGCCCACGGGUGCCUUGUCCGGUGCGUUAUCGUCAGGUCACAACUCGAAUGACAUAUCCGCGAUUGAUGAGGCCCCCAAAUCCCACCAAUCUCUGGUUUUUGAUGACGCUACUUUCCGGCAACUGUUGAUUGAUAGUAAUGUCCUCAACAGCUCGAACUAUGCUAAGUGGAACUGGGAGACUAUUCUCAAGAUCAUCGACGGCCCUCUACAAAGCGGCAAGAGACUUGAAGAGGCCAUCAAAGCAUCCAAGUUCAUGAAGAGAAUCAUCAGCUUCUAUCGCCCUUUCAAAUACAGGUUUGCUAACGUCAAAAACACUCGUGCCACACAAAAGUAUGUCCGAGCUGGUUGUGCCCUGAUGCACUCUCUACUUCAAUCCCCUGAGGGAAUUAAAUUCUUGGCAGACAGCAAGUUGCUUAGACAGAUAGCUGAGUGUCUAGCACAAUGCGAUCCGACUAGCGGCCUCACAGCCCAGUAUCCAAUGUUCUCAAGAGAUCGAGUUACUGACACACUUUGCGCGGGCUACUUCUCAAUGCUUGGUGUUUUAAGUGGUGAUCCUAAAGGUCUUCAACUACUAGAACGUUGGAGGAUGUUCAAUAUGAUGUAUCACAUCGUGGACUUGAAGCAGAGGCCAGACCUCAUCAAGUUGCUCCUGUCCAGCUUCGAUUAUAGCGUCCAGGGUCAUCCUCGAGUCUUGUUGUCCAAAGCUUUAACUGCUGGCACAAAGGAAAUCCGAAUUCAUGCGACCAAUGCCCUUCGCAAAUACGCCAUCCGGCCAGUACCAUCGGCCAACGGACAGGGUGGCGUUGGUGACUCGAAAUGGGCCAUUCAGCUCUUGGUCACACAGCUUUACGAUCCCGAGAUUGAGGUCUGUGCCACGGCUGUGAAGAUCUUGGAGAAAGCUUGUAAUCGCAAGACCUACCUGGAGUACAUUGUUGAAUGCCGACCAGCUCUCGAUCAUCUGGGAGAAAUCGGAGCACCGCUGCUCUUACGGUUCUUAUCAACAUCUAUCGGAUACCAUUACCUGGAUGGACUGGAUUACAUCAGUAACGAAAUGGACGACUGGUUCCUGGGGCGGAACGAUACAUAUGUCAGGGUCAUAGAGGCAAGCUUGGCCAAAGCGUUCCUCAUUGAUCCAGACGAGCACAAUCCUCGCAUGAGUUUAUUUGAGGAUGGUGAGAUUGAUGGGGACUACCAUGACAACCAUGUACCACCGCACUUCUAUCGAGAGUUGACCCGUACCCAGGAGGGAUGUAGGCUGCUCAGUGAUAAGGGUCAUUUUGAGGAUUUUGCAGCUACGAUUCGUGAGCAUGGCAUGGAUAAGGGAGAUGCGGAAAUGCUUACGAAGGUGAAAGGCUGCCUUUGGGCUGUUGGCAACGUUGGGUCCAUGGAACUUGGAGCACCGUUCUUGGAAUCCAACGACGUGGUAGAGCAUAUCAUUCGAAUUGCUGAGACCCAUGAAGUAAUGAGUCUAAGGGGCACUGCAUUCUUCGUUCUUGGCCUGAUUUCCCGCUCUACGCACGGUCUGGAGAUUCUAUCUGAACAUGGAUGGGAUGCCAACACAACACCAAUGGGUACCUCGCUCGGAUUCUGCAUCCCCAAUGACCUAUCAAGGUUAUUAUCACUGACAGCGUGGAAACAAAAGACGGUAACGUCAAUCACCCUGCCGUCAAGUCAACGGACAGCCCAGGAGGCGCCACCACCUCGCGCCGCUCGACCACCUCUUGAGCCAGCAGAAAUACCUGCUCUGUUGAGCGAGGCGGAUGUUAACAGAAGAGUCCUGGAACUCAUUGUGGACCUAGGAAAUAUGGUCCUCUACAAGAAGGCGCUUACUGACCUCCAGAAGCUUCGGGCACACAAACCAAGCGCCUUCAAAAGUACGCAGUUCUUCAAAGAAGUGAUGAGCGCAAUGGAAUGGAACCACUACCGGCUAGGGGUGAGAAGGAUGGUUAUAGAUUUGUUUGACAAGAACGUGAUGCGACAAAUAGUAUUUGAUGAGGAGGAGGAUGACGAAGAUGACGACAGUAGCGAUGAUAACAGCCAAGAGGAAAGUGAAGAAGAAAGCGGCGAGGGCGAAAAUAGCUCCGGGGAUGACAGGACAGAGAGGCAGCGGAGCAUCAGCGAGCCGCCGGCACCGCCACCAGAUCUUACACCAGCUCCUCUCAGAUUGAGGAGUCUACGACAAGGACUCAUGAUAUUGAGGAACCAGAUAUCCUUUAUCAUGGUACAAGGACGAGUGCUUGUCAUCGCGGGGUCGGACAGUUCGGGCGGAGCAGGACUUGAAGCGGAUCAGAAAGUCAUCGCUGCUCAUGGCUGCUAUGCUAUGACGGCCACUACGGCUCUGACUGCGCAGAACACUCAAGGCGUCAAGGGCAUUCAUGUCAUUCCCACCGAUUUCGUCUCUCAGCAGAUCGAUGCUUGUGUUGAAGAUGUCGGUGUCGAUGUUGUCAAGACUGGCAUGCUUGCUUCUACAGAGACGAUAGAGAUGGUUGCAAAGACCAUGGUUAAGCAUAGCAUCCCGUCACUUGUCGUAGAUCCAGUCAUGGUUUCGACUUCUGGUGCAACACUCCUCCCCAAUGAAGCCAUUCAACAUCUCUGCAAGCACCUUCUACCACACACUACAGUUCUCACGCCAAACAUUCCUGAAGCUAUUCUUAUCCUUUCCCAAAACGGUCAAGAAGUCCCUGAGGUUCGCAGUGUGCAAGACCUUGAGACUGUAGCCCAGCGAAUCCAGGCUCUAGGUCCUAAGUGGGUGCUCGUCAAGGGUGGACACCGGCCCAUGAAGGAGGACUUGACUGUGGCUGAGACCGAAGAGGAGAGGAGUGUUGUUAUAGACGUUCUUGUUGGCGGUGAUGGUGAGGUUGUCAGAGUCAAGAGCCCAUACCAGGCGAGCUCGAGUACCCAUGGGACGGGGUGCUCUCUGGCGUCGGCCAUCGCAUCAAACUUGGCCAAGGGACUUGAUACACCUACGGCUGUUCGAUCAGCCUGCCGAUACAUUGAAGCUGCCAUUCGAACAGCACCUGGCCUAGGCAAGGGGCAUGGUCCUCUAAACCACUUCCACUCGACCUAUUCUCUCCCAUUUGCCCCCGGCUACUUCAUCGAGUGGCUUCUCGAGCGCCCUGAUGUCCGCGACGUCUGGAAGGAGUUUGUUUACCAUCCCUUCGUCAUGGCUAUGGGUGACGGAACUCUGCCUCUCGAAUCCUUCAAGGGCUAUAUCAUCCAAGAUUACCUAUACUUGAUUCACUUUUCACGUGCCAAUGCCCUCGCUGCCUACAAGGCACAAAACAUUGAGGAUAUUUCUCGAGCAACAGAAAUAGUUCAGCAUAUCAUGCAUGAACUGAAGCUCCAUACCUCGUACUGCGAGAGCUUCGGUGUGUCCAUCGAGCAGAUUCGUGCCACACCAGAGAAGCAGGCCUGCACCGCAUACACUCGUUAUGUCCUUGACGUUGGUCAAAAUGGCGAUUGGGUUGGUCUUCAAAUGGCUCUUGCUCCAUGCCUCCUUGGUUAUGGUGCCGCAGCAAAGAUGCUCCACGACCAUGAGAAGACUGUCCGCGAGGGGAACACGUACUGGGCGUGGAUCAAGAACUACAAUGAAGAGGAUUACACUGACGCUGUCAAGUUGGGAUCUACCCUGCUCGAAAAGCAUAUUCAACUGCAGUCACCUUCGCGAAUUGAAGAGCUUGUUCAGAUCUUCAUCCAUGCUCUCAAGAUGGAAAUUGGCUUUUGGGAGAUGUUCCCUGCCAAGCAGACCUAAGUUCACAUACAGACAUAAAAACCGGAGAAGUAGACUAGAUCGAUCAAUUAAUAGACAUAGAAUUGAGUAUA